GAGGGGAGGAGGAGGGAGGGGGGACCCCCGAGUCGCCCCCUCUCCUCCCCCCGCCCCCCCCGGCUCCAUCCUCCGCCGCCGCCCGAGCAGCUGCGGGGCCGCAGCCGCCGCCGCCGCCGUUGCAGGCUGAGUCAUCACUAGAGAGAGGGAAGGGCAGCAGCAGCAGAGAAUCCCAACCCUAAAGCUGAUAUCACAAAGUACCAUUUCUCCAAGCUGGGGGCUCAGAGGGGAGUCAUCAUGAGCGAUGUUACCAUUGUGAAAGAAGGUUGGGUUCAGAAGAGGGGAGAAUAUAUAAAAAACUGGAGGCCAAGAUACUUCCUUUUGAAGACAGAUGGCUCAUUCAUAGGAUAUAAAGAGAAACCUCAAGAUGUGGAUUUACCUUAUCCCCUCAACAACUUUUCAGUGGCAAAAUGCCAGUUAAUGAAAACAGAACGACCAAAGCCAAACACAUUUAUAAUCAGAUGUCUCCAAUGGACCACUGUUAUAGAGAGAACAUUUCAUGUAGAUACUCCAGAGGAAAGGGAAGAAUGGACAGAAGCUAUCCAGGCUGUAGCGGACAGACUGCAGAGGCAAGAAGAGGAGAGAAUGAAUUGUAGUCCAACUUCACAAAUUGAUAAUAUAGGAGAGGAAGAGAUGGAUGCUUCUACAACCCAUCAUAAAAGAAAGACAAUGAAUGAUUUUGACUAUUUGAAACUACUAGGUAAAGGCACUUUUGGGAAAGUUAUUUUGGUUCGAGAGAAGGCAAGUGGAAAAUAUUAUGCUAUGAAGAUUCUGAAGAAAGAAGUCAUUAUUGCAAAGGAUGAAGUGGCACACACUCUAACUGAAAGCAGAGUAUUAAAGAACACUAGACAUCCCUUUUUAACAUCCUUGAAAUAUUCCUUCCAGACAAAAGACCGUUUGUGUUUUGUGAUGGAAUAUGUUAAUGGGGGCGAGCUGUUUUUCCAUUUGUCGAGAGAGCGGGUGUUCUCUGAGGACCGCACACGUUUCUAUGGUGCAGAAAUUGUCUCUGCCUUGGACUAUCUACAUUCCGGAAAGAUUGUGUACCGUGAUCUCAAGUUGGAGAAUCUAAUGCUGGACAAAGAUGGCCACAUAAAAAUUACAGAUUUUGGACUUUGCAAAGAAGGGAUCACAGAUGCAGCCACUAUGAAGACGUUCUGUGGCACUCCAGAAUAUCUGGCACCAGAGGUGUUAGAAGAUAACGACUAUGGCCGAGCAGUAGACUGGUGGGGCCUAGGGGUUGUCAUGUAUGAAAUGAUGUGUGGGAGGCUACCUUUCUACAACCAGGACCAUGAGAAACUUUUUGAAUUAAUAUUAAUGGAAGACAUUAAAUUUCCUCGAACACUCUCUUCAGAUGCAAAAUCAUUGCUUUCAGGGCUCUUGAUAAAGGAUCCAAAUAAACGCCUUGGUGGAGGACCAGAUGAUGCAAAAGAAAUUAUGAGACACAGUUUCUUUUCUGGAGUAAACUGGCAAGAUGUAUAUGAUAAAAAGCUUGUACCUCCUUUUAAACCUCAAGUAACAUCUGAGACAGAUACUAGAUAUUUUGAUGAAGAAUUUACAGCUCAGACUAUUACAAUAACACCACCUGAAAAAUAUGAUGAGGAUGGUAUGGACUGCAUGGACAAUGAGAGGCGGCCGCAUUUCCCUCAAUUUUCCUACUCUGCAAGUGGACGAGAAUAAGUCUCUUUCAUUCUGCUACUUCACUGUCAUCUUCAAUUUAUUACUGAAAAUGAUUCCUGGACAUCACCAGUCCUAGCUCUUACACAUAGCAGGGGCACCUUCCAACAUCCCAGACCAGCCAAGGGUCUUCACCCCUCGCCACCUUUCACCCUCAUGAAAACACACAUACACGCAAAUACACUCCAGUUUUUGUUUUUGCAUGAAAUUGUAUCUCAGUCUAAGGUCUCAUGCUGUUGCUGCUACUGUCUUACUAUUAUAGCAACUUUAAGAAGUAAUUUUCCAACCUUUGGAAGUCAUGAGCCCACCAUUGUUCAUUUGUGCACCAAUUAUCAUCUUUUGAUCUUUUAGUUUUUCCCUCAGUGAAGGCUAAAUGAGAUACACUGAUUCUAGGUACAUUUUUUAACUUUCUAGAAGAGAAAAACUAACUAGACUAAGAAGAUUUAGUUUAUAAAUUCAGAACAAGCAAUUGUGGAAGGGUGGUGGCGUGCAUAUGUAAAGCACAUCAGAUCCAUGCGUGAAGUAGGCAUAUAUCACUAAGCUGUGGCUGGAAUUGAUUAGGAAGCAUUUGGUGGAAGGACUGAACAACUGUUGGGAUAUAUAUAUAUAUAUUUUUUAAUUCCUGGUGGAUACUGUAGAAGAAGCCCAUAUCACAUGUGGAUGUCGAGACUUCACGGGCAAUCAUGAGCAAGUGAACACUGUUCUACCAAGAAAUGAAGGCAUAUGCACAGUCAAGGUCACUUAAAGGGUCUUAUGAAACAAUUUGAGCCAGAGAGCAUCUUUCCCCUGUGCUUGGAAACCUUUUUUCCUUCUUGACAUUUAUCACCUCUGAUGGCUGAAGAAUGUAGACAGGUAUAAUGAUACUGCUUUUCACCAAAAUUUCUACACCAAGGUAAACAGGUGUUUGCCUUAUUUAAUUUUUUACUUUCAGUUCUACGUGAAUUAGCUUUUUCUCAGAUGUUAAAACUUUGAAUGUCCUUUUAUGAUUUUGUUUAUAUUGCAGUAGUAUUUAUUUUUUAGUGAUGAGAAUUGUAUGUCAUGUUAGCAAACGCAGCUCCAACUUAUAUAAAAUAGACUUACUGCAGUUACGUUUGACCCAUGUGCAAGGAUUGUACACGCUGAUGAGAAUCAUGCACUUUUUCUCCUCUGUUAAAAAAAAAUGAUAAGUCUCUGAAAUGGAAUAUAUUGGUUAGAAUUUGGCUUUGGGAGAAGAGAUGCUGCCAUUUAACCCCUUGGUACUGAAAAUGAGAAAAUCCCCAACUAUCCAUGCCAAGGGGUUAAUGAAACAAAUAGCUGUUGACGUUUGCUCAUUUAAGAAUUGAAACGUUAUGAUGACCUGGCAAGAAAAAGUAAUGAAGAAAAUUGAGACCUGAGUGAAGAUAAGAAAUAAUCUUUACUUGGCAAAAUGAACACAUCUUGAGUAUUUAGGAAGUGGGCAGUGAAGGCUAAGAACCUGGUGUGUUUCUUGGGAUCAUGGUACAUUUAUCACUGAAUUAAGCCAUCAGGGAAAAAACAACAAAAAAAGAGAACACCUCCAGCUUUUCUUUUUCUGUAUAUACUCAUGUCCCCAGAUUCCAACAUUUCUCACUGAAAGGGGGCAUGUAUGCAAACCUCAUCUUUCUCCUUCAUUAAUGAUGAUCUUCAGAUUAAACCCUUUGGUGCUAGGAGCUGACAAUUUCCAAAGCAGCCUGUGAAGUCCUAGGGGCUGGGGGCCAUUCUUGCGGCAAGCAGAAGGCCAUCCUACUCCUUGGAGUGAUCAUGGAAAUGUAUUUUAGUUAAACUCUGACAGCUCCCAAAUGGAAGACUACAGCAUGACGUAGUAUUAUGAUUGCAUUGUAUGAAAGAGCAAGUGACUUUCUAAGUAGGAUGAAUCAUAUUCAUAUGCAGAUGUCUUAGCCUCUUGAUGCUGGAAGUGUGGAUUUAUAGCUAUGAAACCACUGCUGGCAGUGGGUGGGCCACUGGGACUGACGGGGGUUAAAGGGCAUUUUACUAAGGCAGCUAAGACAUAUUCAGACAUCAACGUUAUCCUUAUUUUUCAUAUUUCUACCUGAGUGAAGUUCAUCCUUAGUAUUGAGUAGGAAGUUACAGUAAAUGGUAGUUCAUUCUUACUUACACACAUAGCUAAUCUUUUUUUUUUUUUCACUUGGAAUUAUGUUGAAUGUUUCAUUUUGACAAAAAAGUAGACUAGAAGGUAUGUUCUUUAAGUUGUCUUGCAUCCAUUAUAUAAGAAAGAAACAGGUGAGAGGAAGAGCAGAAAGCUGAGACUGGCUGAUGUUCAGAGCACUUACUCCUCUGGCGGGAAAGCAUGACACCGUACACUAAGCACACAGCUGUUUGUUGUUUUGGUUUUUCCCCCCAAAUCUUCAAGUGAUCCCCAUGACCUUGGCCAAGGACACUUCUUAAAGAUUAAUGACUGGCGCUGACAUCGCCCCAGGCGGCCACUCCUCACACUGGCUCUCAGUCCCCAGCCAAUGACUUGGCACUGACAUCGCCCCAGGCGGCCACUCCUCACAUUGGCUCUCAGUCCCCAGCCAAUGACUUGGCACUGACAUCGCCCCAGGCGGCCACUCCUCACACUGGCUCUCAGUCCCCAGCCAAUGACUGGCACUGACGUCGCCCCAGGUGGGCCACUCCUCACACUGGCUCUCAGUCCCCAGCCAUGCCUGCGGCUCAGUCACUUCUAUUCCACCCUCUGAGACUCCACUGGUUGUCACACAAGGUGUCUUCUUGGCUUUGAUUUUGAGAAUCCCCUAUUUUCACUUCCAGAUCUGUCAGCUGCCAUGGAGGAAAAAUAGAAAACCAGAAAUGUGUGUAGAGGGAGAUUUCUAAAACUUCCCUUGUGUCGCCCAUAGUUGUAGUUUUGGGUUCUGGCAGGCGGAACACCCUGAAACCUGGAAUCAUUCUAUGAGAAUACAGUUCAGACUUUGCAGACUCUAGCCCAUACUAACUGUCAUGAAGCUUGACUUCUUGUCAUAAUGCAGCCAUCUUGGAGGAAAUUGGCCAUUUCUGCUUGGAUGGUUGGCAGGGUCGUGCUCAGCUUUGCUUUCUACACUAAUUACAUAGCAUUAUUCAAGUAUUGUUUUCCAUUUCCCAUCCCUGAUUUCCAGCUUCUUAAAGCUGACUGUUCUUGCAGGGGCCACUUGCUUCUCCUAGAGUACAAAAGUAAGGGCCUUCCUUACUAACUGCAGGGUCUCUAUAUUACACCUCAACGUACACACUUUGCUGCUACUGUUUGUACUGUCUACAGUAGAAUUUCCUUAUCUUGCUCCUGGUAGUGCAUUACAGGCAAGCAUGAAAUGUAAAGUAUUUAUUUAAAUAAAAAGAAAACCUCUAAAUUGGUAAUUGAAUUACCUCCCUGUAGCUUUAUAGUUUGUGACAUUUCUUGACCUUGCUAGUUCUUUCAUUAGAUCUGCACAAGAUCUAGUCAUCUGGUUAAGGAUUUUAAGCAGAUGCAACUAUAAACCCAAGAAACUGUAUUACUAUUACUGUUGGUCAUACUAAAACUGUCUAUUUCCUUAAGUAUAUGACCCACAAGGAUGUGAACUAACUAGGAGAAACUGUUUUUGUACACUGUACAUCCUUAGUAUUUUUACACGUAUAUGAUAGGGAUGAACAUGAUUUUCCUUCGUACAGACAGCUUAAAUAAAGCACUAUGUCAAUCUGC